CGCAGGUCAGAGGAGAAGCAUCGCGUCGCAGAUUGGAGCACAAGUGACGGCAUCUGACACAGUGCUGGAGUAGCCUCCGCCUCAUAUACCAUGCAACGGUGUUCUUUUGGAAGUAGGAUGCUGUCGCCUGCAAAUAGAACGUGACUGAACUACGGUGCACCACCAGUGCAAUCCGGAUUUAGUCAAAUCCUCAACGAACAGCAGUCUCAACAAGAGCAUUGUUGUAAUCGGCUUCUCCACACAGGGAACACCCAUCGCUCCAUUCAGAUUCCUGCUUUAUUCCUCACCUUGUCAGGAGAGGACAUCUUACUAGUCGGAACAGUUUACGGAGCUCAGUGCGCGUCCAGGAGUUAAGAGUUUAUAAAUGGUUUAUGAAAAAUUGCUGGUGUCUCGGAAUUGUCAGCAACUAUUAGGCUAAUUGAACAGUCCGUUUUAGAUAUUAUCCUAAAGACGCUGAUCAUGUGUUAUACGAGAACUGAAUAGUCGUUUCCCAGUGUAAGUUGUAGGCUAAUAUAAUUCAAGGAUUCAUUUCAUCAUGAGUACCAACGCAGGUCCUUACCAGCCCGGCUCCUACAGCAGCAGCAGUGGCAGCAGUGGAGGCGGUCGAGGCCACGGCUCCUCGUCGACCAUCCACUGCCAACGCUGCAGGGACGUCUGCAAGGGCGAGGUGGUGCGCGUCCAGAACGUCCACUUCCACGUCAAGUGCUUCACGUGUCAAGUGUGCGGCUGCGAUCUGGCGCGCUCCGGAUUCUUCCAGAAGAGCGGCGAGUACAUCUGCACGGAGGACUACCAGCGGCUGUACGGCACGCAGUGUGACAGCUGCGGCGAGUUCAUCACGGGAGAGGUGGUCUCGGCCCUGGGCCGCACCUACCACCCCAAGUGCUUCGUCUGCAGCCAGUGCAGGAAGCCAUUUCCCAUCGGGGACCGAGUGACGUUCUGUGGGAAGAAGUGUGUUUGUCAGCAGUGCUCCCACACCCUCGUCAGCACCAAUGAGCCUGUCAAGAUCCACGGACCCAGCCACUGCGCAGGCUGUAAUGAGGAGAUCAAGCAGGGCCAGUCCCUGCUGGCUCUGGAGAAACAGUGGCACGUCAGCUGCUUCAAGUGUCAGACCUGUGGCACUGUCUUGACCGGGGAAUACAUCAGCAAGGAUGGGAUUCCGUACUGUGAGUCAGAUUACCACACCCAGUUUGGAAUCAAGUGUGAGACCUGCCACAGGUACAUCAGUGGGAGAGUUCUUGAGGCAGGAGGGAAGCACUAUCACCCCACCUGUGCCCGCUGUGCCAGAUGCCAUAUGAUGUUUGCUGAGGGGGAGGAGAUGUACCUGACAGGUUCAGAGGUCUGGCAUCCCACGUGUAAACAGUCGGCUCGGAUAGAGAAGAAACUCAGACUAAGACGUACCUCUGAGGCAUCUAUCUCUCCUCCUGGAUCCAGCAUUGGCUCUCCGAGCCGCGUAAUCUGUGCCAAAGUGGAAAGCGAGAUCCUAAAUUAUAAAGAUCUGGCUGCGCUGCCUAAGAUUAAGGCUAUUUAUGACGUGCAGCAGCCCGAUCUCAUUCCCUAUGAGUCCUAUCACACAUACUGCUCUGAUGACAGGCUAGAGCGCUACACCUAUGGGGAGUCUCUGGGGACUCUUUCUCCUUAUUCUCAGGACAUCUACGACAGCAUGGACAUCCGGCACCGCCGCUCCUCCAGCCCCGGCUACAUCGACUCGCCCACCUACAGCCGGCAGGGCAUGUCCCCCACAGUGCCUCGCUCGCCUCAGCUCUACUACCGCUCGGGCACUGAGAGUGGCAGGAGCUCUCCCUAUUACAGUCAGCUUGACGCCAGAUCGAGCACGCCCACCACGAACCCAGCACCCAAGCAUUUUCACGUGCCAGUCAGCAGAACAUCUAUGUCGAUGUCCCCCGGCGCAGCUACAGCGGAGACCAACAUCUACAGGAAACCUCCCAUCUAUAAGAGACAUGAUGACUGUCACCACGAAGCCACGAAAAGUAAAACCAGUGAGGAUAUCCUCCAUUCCUCUCAGCUGUCCUCGUCCUACUCACCAGACCACUGCCAACAUUCCGAGUCUGACUACUACAACUAUUCCAGCUCCCCUAGAGCCCCUCGAGCGCGGAGGUUUUCCUCAGGUGGGGAGGAAGACGGAUGGAGCCAGAGUCUGAACAGAAUCCAAGGCGGUAUUGGUCGGAUGAUUCUAAAAGAGGAGAUGAAAGCCCGAUCAGGCUCGUAUGAUAACGACCCCUGGGGAAGCGCACGCAACUCCCGCAGUGGCAGCAAAGAGGGCCUGCACAACAUGGGCUACAGCAACACCGUCAACGGCUCUCCCCGGUCACACUACAGUGCAGACAGUGACUCCUACAUCUCCAAGUCAGCUUCUUUGCCAGGUUAUGGCAGGAAUGGUCUGAACAGGCCCCAGAGUGCGGACUAUUACCAUUACGACAGCAGUAACGCUGUAAACUGGGGAUACAGAGAUUACAAGGUAAAGCCAAUGUCGUCUAGAGCCAAAGCCUUCAGGUGGCAUCCACAUUUCCCCACCAGUCCCUGCCAUUUCAGUGCCCAACUGUAACAUUUAUCAGUGAAGACACACAUGCCGGAGGAAGUAACAUUCUGUGGUGUGGUGUGGUGUGAUGUGGUGUGAUGUGAUGUGAUGUGUGUAAAUCGGCACGAUGUCGGUUCCGCUGAGGAAGUUUCAUCCGCUGACUGUGCGCUUCAUGUCAGGGGACAUUUCCCA